ACGUGUCGCGCCCCAACAAAUACUGUGACCCAGCCUGGGAACCCCGCGGGAGGACGUGAGCGGCGUCAAGUGCGGCUCCGUGAGGACAUGGCAACUGUGAGGUCCAACCUGGGCCGAGUCCUCCCUGGAUCAUCCAUCCUGUUCCUGUGUGACAUGCAGGAGAAGUUCCGCCAUAUCGCAUACUUUCCCCAGAUUGUCUCUGUGGCUGCCCGCAUGCUCAAGGUGGCCAGGCUGCUGGAGGUACCAGCUGUGCUGACAGAGCAGUACCCAGAAGGCCUGGGCCCCACAGUCCCUGAGCUGGGGGCUCAAGGCCUGCGGCCAGUGGCCAAAACUUGCUUCAGCAUGGUGCCUGCAGUGCAAAAGGAGCUGGAAUCACGGCCCGAGCUGUGUUCUGUGCUCCUCUGUGGCAUUGAGACACAGGCCUGCAUCUUGAACACCACCUUGGACCUCUUGGACCGGGGGCUGCAGGUCCAUGUGGUGGUGGAUGGCUGCUCUUCUCGCAGCCAGGUGGACAGGCUGGUGGCCCUGGCCCGGAUGCGACAAAGUGGCGCCUUCCUCUCCACCAGCGAAGGGCUGAUUCUGCAGCUUGUGGGUGAUGCCGCCCACCCCCAGUUUAAAGAGAUUCAGAAGAUCAUCAAGGAGCCCGCCCCUGACAGCGGGCUGCUGGGCCUUUUCCAAGGCCAGAACCCCCUCUUCUGCUGAACUCCUCACCCUGAAGGCCACCUCCUGCCAUCUGGACCUUCAUGGAAUCAGUUGGCCCCCAUCCUUGGCCCCCAAGAGUGGUGCAGUCCACCGGGAGCACAACCCCCUCGGGAGGGGAGGUGGAGUGCUCCCUUGCCAUUGGGCCAAAGCGCCGGAAAUGCAAAUAAAGCUCCUGGAAGCUG